AAGUUAAAGAAAUUUAUUGUUUUGUCAUAUGAUCUGCUGUUUUUACUUGCAGUAUUCAGUGAAUUAUUUUUUUUUUAAAUUUUCCACCCACACCCUAAAGAAUCAAGUGUAAAUAAAUGUUUAAAAACAUUUAUAAAUCAUUAAAAUUGAUCAGUGUAAUACAAUACAUUAAUAAUAGUAAAUAGCUACAGGGUGUUUGGUUGAUGGUGCUCCAGAUAAAGCUGUGCUGAUAAAUCACAAGCCAGUCAGAUUUCGUUCUGGUUUUGGAGAGGCGUUGAAAGGUACAACCAUGUGUGACUUAUCAAAGAGAAGGGGUGUGCUGUCUAUGGGUCCUCAUACCCUUCAAGUGCCAACAGAAUUGUUUGCGUUAAAUCGCCGAAGACUAGUAGAAGCUCUUAAAAAAGACAAUUCUGAUUCUUUGGUUCUAUUACAAGGGGGUGAUGAAGUGUCUUUCUAUGAUACUGAUACAACUUAUAAUAAUUUUCGGCAAGAGUCAUAUUUCAUGUGGGCAUUUGGUGUAACAGAUGCAGGCUGUUAUGGGGCUGUAGAUGUCAAAACAGGUGAAACCCACCUAUUUAUACCAAGACAUCCUGAGGAAUAUGCAGUUUGGAUGGGACCUUUAGCUAAAUGUGAUGAUUUUUCUAAGAAAUAUAAUAUUUCAAAAGUUUACUAUGUUGAUCAGCUUUCAACCAUAUUAAAGGGGCUAAAUAGGGCAAAAAUUUUGACCCUUAAAGGCAUAAACACUGAUAGUGGCCUAACUGCUAAACCAGCAAGUUUUGAAGGUAUUGAGAACUUUUCUGUUAAUGACGAACUUUUAUUUCCUAUAAUAGCAGACCUAAGAGUGUAUAAAACAGAACAUGAAAUCAAAGUGUUAAAAUAUGUUUGUGCUGUUUCAAGCUACGCUCAUAGACAGGUUAUGAAAAAAAUCAAGCCCGGUGACUUUGAAUAUCAAGGAGAGGCCUUAUUUUUGCAACUUUGUUAUGAAAAAGGUGGUUGUCGCCAUGUUUCCUAUACAUGUAUUUGUGGAUCUGGUGUAAAUGGAGCUAUUCUUCAUUAUGGCCAUGCUGGUGUGCCAAAUGAUUCUUAUAUUAAAGAUGGAGAACUGUGCCUUUAUGACAUGGGAGCCAACUACUAUGGAUAUGCAGCUGAUAUAACUUGUACAUUUCCAGCAAACGGGAAAUUUACUCCUGAUCAAAAACUAAUCUAUGAAGCUGUUUUAAAUGCCAACAAGGCUGUUCAAAAAGCCAUGAAGCCUGGUGUAUCUUGGGUGGACAUGCAUGUUUUAGCUAAUAGGGUGAUGUUGGAAGAUUUAAAGAAAGGAGGGUUAUUGCAAGGAAGUGUAGAUGAAAUGUUGGAUGCUGGCUUAGCUGCUAUUUUUCAGCCACAUGGUUUGGGCCAUCUUAUGGGCUUGGAUGUCCAUGACGUAGGUGGUUACUUAAAAGGACAACCAGAAAGACCCCAAAAAGUUGGUGUUAAUAAGUUAAGGACCGCUAGAAUUUUACAAAAAGGGAUGGUACUAACAGUUGAGCCAGGGUGUUACUUUAUUGAUCCUCUACUGGAUAAAGCUUUCGCAGAUCCCACACUAAAGAAAUUCCUAGUGCCAUCUGUCAUAGAGAGAUUUAGAAAUUUUGGAGGGGUCCGUAUAGAAGAUGAUGUUGUGGUAACGGAAAAUGGAAUUGAAGAUAUGACGAAGGUACCCAGGUCUGUGCAAGAUAUCGAGGAUUGGAUGAGUGGGAAGCUCGAAGAGUCUACCUUUUUAGAUUGCGAAAAAUCGUUUGUGUGGUAAAGUUAAUCGCAAGCUUGUAUCUUUAUAUAAUCUUUAGGGUUUUGGCAAUUAAUAAAUACUGUAUACAAAGUUCUAGGUCAUUUUAUAAUGCGUAUAUUUUUGUUUAUUGGCAAAAGAAAAUAUAUCUCUAUUUUUAUUGUUA